UGAACCCAAGAAAAAGUCAAAGAAAACCCCAUCUCUCAUCCAUAGACACGCAUUCAAAGGCUCUCAUCUAAACCCUAAUUUUAGGGAGCGAGAGAAAGUCUCCAAUCCUCAUCGGCGGAACCAUGGGCGAAGAAGGCGAGACCAUCGAAUUUUACAACGAUCACCUGACAUACUUCUUCUGGAACGUGGAUGACUACCCAGUCCCUGUGGAUACAGAUGUUAAAACUGUUCGUAGUAAUAUCGUAGAUGCUCUUAAUCAAAUGGGCUUCUGGGGGAAUAUGUUCUUCUAUGUGAAUUCUAAGCAACUCACUUCCAACGAAGUAGAGUUGUUCAAAGCCGCAAAUAUUCUCUACAUACCCGAUGGCACAGAUGUUUACCGCGAUAAACUGGCUGAUGUGCAUGAUGUGGAUACGAGUUUUUAUUUGAUUCUCUCAACAGGAUCUACUCCAGCACAACAUAGAAAUAUUGCACUAUUCGUCAAACCAAAUAGUGAUCCAGAUAGUGAGUUACAAAGGGUUCUCAACUGUUUGAAAUCGAGGGGUCACAAUGUUCUCCUAGUAGAGCUGCCACCUGAUGAAGAGUGUCUCCUUAGUGUUGACUCUCUAGUUAAAUAUUCCCGACUUUUGGGUGGAGGAAAGCCUAGACACAAAAAAGAGUUAACUGAUGAUGAUCUGCGGCCUGUGUAUAGCUGGGAAUUAAGAGACGAGGAUGAUGAGUUCGAUGAUAGCAAUUUCUCCAACAAGAAGAUGUUAGAUUUCUCCGAGCGUAUCAGACACCUCAAAGGGAUCAACAGGACAGUUAUCUUCUGGGACACUGUGGAUUGCCCAUUCCCUCCUUCGCUCUCUCCUGAUCAAAUCUUCGACAAGAUCAAAACAGCUCUUUGGGAAAGAGGUUAUGGUGAUUAUAUUACAAUCUGGGCUUAUUAUGAUCACAGGAAAUGGUCUCCGGAUAUGUGUCUGGGUGACAAGACUUGGGCUUCAAGAAUCUACUUUCUUCCCGGAGGGGAUGGAGCCUCGAGACGUAUCAGAAUGUUAAGUGACAUGUAUCUACUUUCAAGGGACUCUCCUCUGCGCUGUUGUCGAGGAAGUUUGAUCCUAGUCUCAGAUCAUUUCGCAGGUGACCCUUACUACAUGGAGUGGUUUCGAUUAAUGCAGUGGAGAAAAUACUAUCUUGUCUUGCUAGUUCCGAGUGAGAUCAGCAACAUAUCAGAAAGCCCUGAUGAAUGGCCACGUUAUCUGCUUGAUAGUCCUCCCGAAACAUCAGAAGAACCUCUUCCCGAAAAGCCUAAACUGGAUGCUACCUAAGUAGAGACCUGCCCAGGGCUGAUGAUACUGGUUAUUUUGAUGUUGGAUCUUGCUUGCUUAUGUUAACGAUCUUGUUUGCUUCACAAGACCUUUUGUUUAGCCAGAUAUUUAUGUCAAAAACUCUUUGUUUUGUUUGGGUUUACGCUUUUGUUUAUUUUAAACUGCAAACUCUGCUGUGAUAAACUCUUUUACUUUGUUUCUCUCUUUGUCUUCCA